AUGCAGCAUUUUGAAAAAUAUAUAAAAUUCAAAUAAAUUCAUUUUUUAGUAAAUAAUAAAGUAGUUAACAGCCUUGAAAACUAUGCUUUGGACUCAAGCUUUAAAAAUUUUAAAAGUUAAGUGAAUCAAUUACUUAAUAUUGAUAUCACUGAGUAUAUCAUAUCUCUUUAAUCUUCAUCAGAAGGAAAGAAAGAUAGUAAAGAAAAUAUAAAUUAACAGCAAGAUUACGAGUCUUAUAUUCAUAAAGCUCAUAUUUAAGAUUCAGGAACAAUUCAUGUCUACUUAGAUAACUAAAAGCUUCAAGUGAGUAACCCUAAUAAAGAGAUUUUAGAUUCUUGCUUCGAAGACUAUUAAAAAGUAAAUGAAAGUUUUGAAUUUUAGCCAGAUGAAAACAUAAAAACUUAAAAUCAGUAAACCAAUUUAAAUUAAAAAUACGAUGCAUCAGAAGCUAUUAUUGAAACAAGCGAAUUGUCAAUGGUUAAUCCUAGUAUAGUUCUUUCUUAGUUACAUUCUAAACAAAGAAGCUCAGAGUAUGAUUCUAACAACUUUAAUGGAAAUAUAAAAAAGGCAAGUAUCUCUAAUCUUAAUAUUUUAACUACUAAAAGCAAUGAAAAGCUCACUUAGUCUAACGAAGUAGCUGAAAUUCCUGAAAUUUUUUAAGAAAUAAAAAACUAGGAUUUUUUAGAAAACAUCAUAAACUAUGAAAUCAUGAGAUAAAUAUUAAAUACCUUUCCCAAGCUUUAGCCAGAUAACAUUGAAGAUGACAUUAAAAUAAAAUAGCACAUUGCUUAUCUUUAGCAGUAAAACGCAGCAAGUAGAAGAAGCACCAGUCCCUAACCUAAGCAAUAAAAAAAAAAUGACCUUAGUCAAAGCAUAGUUUUAUCCAAUUAUAAGUGCAAUAUUUGCAGAGAGCAAAUUGAAAAUGUUAGAUUUCACUGCUUGGUCUGCAAAAAUACAGACCAUUGUGAAAACUGCUAACGUGAAAAGCGUGGAGACCAUAACCAUCCUUUCAUGAAGUAUAAAAAUGUUACUAAUGUUACAAGCAAUAAAUUAAAUAAAUCCCAAAGACUUUUUAACAAUUAAAUGAUGAAUAACUUGGGAAACAACUUAGCUUCAUAAGAAAAUUUUGCAGCCCCAAACAAUGUUAGUUUCCCUUUUUCGUAAAUUGUAAGAAAUACAACAGGUCCUUUUGGUAAUAUUUCAUCAGCUACACAAUCUGCAAUAAAAACUCCUCUCCUCACAUCUAAUAGUAAUGUUUAAUCUGGUGUAUUUAAUUUCUAAAAUUUGUAAAAAUCAAAUAUCUCUUCUCUUGCAUAAACUAUGCCAUCAGCUUAGAGAUAACAACAGUCUUAAUUUUAUUAGUUUUAAUAAUAGCCCUAAUAGCAACAAAUGUAAAAUUAAUUUUUCAAUCCCCUUUAGCAAAGCUAAAACCUUAAUAUUCCACUGCCUUACACAAAAGAACACUUCUUCAACGAAAUGUUCACUAAUUAAGUAACUAGCCAAACGUAUAAUCAGAGUAACAUACCUUAGUCUAAUAUAAAUAGUGCUCUAUUUUAGUUGAAUAACUAAAUAAAUUAAACAAAUUUUAGUUCAAAUAGUUCGAAUCAAAAUAGUAGUGAAAAUUUAACAAGUUAAAUAAAAAUUAUAAAUCUCUCUUAAAACCAAACUAUCAGAGUAGCUAAGGGAUAGUAGUUUACAGUAACUUUUAUGAUAAAAAAUUCAAGCUAAAUUCAGUUCCCAGAAGGCACAGUAAUUAAAGGUAACGGAUCAUUUAAACACGUUUAGUAGAGAAUAAAUCCUUUAAAAUAUGAUGAAAUAGAUGAAAUUAAGCUAGAGUUGAAAGCUCCUACUAAUCAAACAGAUGCAUUCUAAUAUUUUAAAAUAACUUUUCCAAAUGGCAUGGAAUAUCCAUUAAGAUUAUCUUUUGAGCUUUAACUCCUAUGA